AUGGCGUCCAACAAGCUCGGCAAGAUGAUCAACUACCGGAUGCGCGUGACCCUGCAGGACUCGCGACAGCUCGUCGGCCAGAUGCUCGCCUACGACCGACAUAUGAACCUCGUUCUGGCCGACACUGAGGAAUUCCGCCGCAUCAAACGCAAGAACAAGACGGCUGCUCCCGGAGGCGCACCGGUGGGCCAGACCAUUGUGCAGGAGGAGAAGAGGACACUUGGCUUGGUGAUUGUUCGUGGAGCACACAUCAUCUCCCUGACCGUCGAGUCGCCUCCUCCCGCCGAUCCUAGCGCUCGAUUGGGCAAGGCCACCACCGGCGGCAUUGCUUCGACUCUUCAGGCCGGCCCUGGCGUUGCUCGACCUGCCGGGCGUGGUGCCGCGGCCCCGAUUUCUCUCGCCGGCCCGGCUGCUGGUGUUGGUGGAGGCGCUCCCCCUCCAGGAUUCCCAUCCUUCCCUGGAGCCCCCGGUGCUCCUGGAGCUCCUGGCUUUGGAGGACGAGGCGGCCCCCCUCCUGGAUUCCCUGGCCAGUUCCCUCCCCCCGCGGGUUUCCCAGGUGCUCCAGGCUUCCCUGGCGCGCCUGGAUUCCCUCCCGGCGGCCCUCCUCCCGGCUUCCAGCCUCCUCCUCGACGAUAA